AUGUUCUUAGCGGCUGACAGCUCAAACUUCCAUUUUAUGAGUCAGGGUGACUGUCAUCACAUGGGAAGAACCGUAUGCUCUCCACGGAAUCGUGAAACUUUCGCUCGCAACGAGUUUGCACUGGAUCUCGCAACCUCGCGAGGGUUUUUACACGUGGCUGACGGGGGACAUGGCCAUGCACGCGACUUGGAGGGAGCGAGGGAGCAGAGGCUUGAGCAGACUCCUCUGCAUCAGAGUGUUGCGCCUGAGGUCGGCCAAGGAAACAGAAAGGUCAUGGGGCGUAGGAGGUCGUGUUGUGUUGUACCUCCACUUUCGAAGGAACUGAUAGAUCAGUUCUACUGCGAGGAGAGUUGCAAGGGAGCAACAGGACUAGUUCAAGGAGUGCUCGAAUGUGGCCACAGGGCAUCGUCUUGCCCCUGCACCCCUCAGAGCAACAGUGAGGAGACCCAGGAGGAGGGAGCAAAGAAGCGAACCCCUUCGAACAAGUGCCUGAUGCGACGAGAAAGUCUCCCUGCGUCGCUUGCUCGACGGCUGUCAAGGACCAACGAGGAGUACGACAUCCCAGUCUUGCAGAUCCUUUCGGCUGCUGAGGGUGAUGAGAGAUUGAAGGGGAUCCUGGAAAGAUUGAACACAAUGCGAUCGCCAGCCCGAUGUCAAUAUACUGAAGACACUGUCGAUGACGUUGAAACAUGA